UGCACAGACAUUUGGCUUCCGAAAGGAAACAGAACCUGCAAAGCAGAGAGGCAGAGGCAGUGAAAGAGACUCCCAGCACUUUGGUGGCCAGGUUGCUCAGCAUGAACAAUCCAGUGUUUGUGGUUGUUCCUCAGCCUAGUGUGACAAUUAACCACCCAAACCAGAUUUUGUUUCCUGGAUCCUUCAACCAAACUUCAGGAAUUAUACAGCACAGUGGCCAUCCACUUAUGACAGUCAACACAAUAAACCAACUGUCUGAACAAACUGGGCCAAGGCAGAACAUGCACACAGGAGGACGCCUCAUCACUCUUCUGCGAGAGGAGCUCAAGGUGCUUGGGGCCAUACAGAUUCUGAUCGGCUUGGUUCACUUUGGUUUUGGGAGCAUCUUGACCUAUCUCUGUGGUGUAUACAUAUCAUACACUAUCACUUCUGCAUAUGUGUACUGGGGUGGAGUUCUAUUCACCACUUCUGGAUCUCUCAUGGUGGCUGCUGAACAUUACAAAACACUCUAUCUGGUGAACCUUAGUAUAUGCAUGAAUAUUGUGAGCAGUCUUGGUGCAACUGCUGGGAUAAUUCUUUUUCUGAUGGAUGAAAAUCUUUUUUUUAGUUACCACAAUAAUUUUGUGCUGCAGCGGAAAUUAGCCCAAGGGCUUUUGAAUGUGCUUUUAAUCUUUACUAUCCUGGAACUCUUCCUUGGUGUCAUCUCUUCAAGUUUUGGAUGUGAAGCAAAAUGCCACCAAGGUGAUGAAGAGGCAACACAUUUCAUGCCAGAUGGAAUCAUAACACACCAAGGAGAACUCCUACCAGCAGAUCCUCCUCCAUCUUAUGAAGCAUAUGCCAACACAGGCUUUGACAAUCCAAGCUAUUCAGGCCAGGCUGAAUAGAAAACUCAAGAAGAAACUUUAAAAGAAUAAAACCACAAGCAAAAUCUAUUCCUCAGUUUUUAAUGGCAGAUGUAGCUCCAUUGAAUAUUACAAUGUGUUUUUUUGUAGAAUAAGACCCAAGAACAAGAUUCUUGUCCCUUUGAAACAACAGUGUGUCUUGCAUAAUGCGCUAUCUUCCCCCUUUAGACAACAACUCAGUGGUCAUCUUUCAAAUAUCCUCUGGCACUGUCCUGCCCAUUCUUGUCUACAUGGAAUAACUGAUAAUCUCUCCCAAUUCUGACCUUUUAUUUAUUUCCUUCUUCUCACCCUUGUCCUCCCAAUGCCAUUGCUGCUUUUUUUGCCUGUGUGCUGGGCAUGCCAUAUCCAAAGGGUCUGUACUUGAAGGCUGGAACCUACAAGAAGACUGGCGCAUCAACAUGUUGGUUUUGUUCUAUUGUAUGGAGCUUUGUGUAGUUCUAGUUCUGUACCUGUUGGCUUUUGUGCUUCUCUUAGUUACAAUGAAUCAGCUGGAUAUUAAGGGCAAGGGUAAGUAGCGCCUGAGAGAUGAGUAAGUGUUCUGCUUCAGAACCCUUUGAGGUGUAGCUAAGCUUUAGUGGUUGUAACUGAUAGGAGGAUCUUCUUUCAUGCUAUAAACCACUUUUCUCAAUCUACAGGUUUGAAGAGAAGUUAUUGCAUACAACAUUGUCAUCUACUGCACUGGUCCUCAAGCUUCAGUCCUUCAGAUGUUUUUGACUUCACCUCCCAGAAUUCCUGCCCAUUAGCUAUGUUGGUUUGGGUUUCUGGGAGAUGAUGUCUAAAACAUCUAGAGGACAAAUGGUUGGAAACCACUGUACUACUGAACAUCAUUGGUGAUCGUUGCUCCUGCCAAGUUUGAGAUUCUGCUUUAAGAUUUAGGUCUAGUGCAGGUUAUUUAGAGACUUCCAUCCCCAGAAAAGGUGGGGUAAAUGCAAUAAAUAAAUAAACAAAUAUUUAUUUUGGGUCUCUUUUUAUUCUGCUCCCCCUCAUCACUAUUCUAAUCUUAAUAAAGCUUCUUAGUUAGAAAUCUGGGAUUUGACUGAAUUUUUGGACAAGCUAAGGACUUUUCCAGAUGUUCUAGAGAGCAGGACAUUAUUUCAUACUGCAUAUGUCAACCAAGAGGAAGUAAAGGGAAAACUGGUUCAAUUUGCUCAUCAAUGGGAGUGUUAGCUUGU